AAAAAUUGAUGUUGCUUUGCUACACAUUCCACUUUUUUACGGCCACGGCCAUGGCACAUGGCAACACACGCCUUCGGUCUUAUCAGAAGGCGGUCGCGCGCGGUCGCAUGUUUUUGGCGCGCGAACGGGUAUUCCCCCGCCGCCACACGUGCGACAAAGUGUGCACAUCGCACAGCCCGACAAUCAGCCCGUCUGUCCGUGUUUCUAUCACGUGUCCUUGACUUCCUUUGACAAUGAACUUAUCUUGCUCUGUCUGAUUGAUUCCUCUUCACUUGCGCAGAACCCGGAGCUGUUGCGCCGCUACCCCCCGGAGGACCACAAGGACUUCCCCCUGCCCAACGAGGUGGUGUACUUCUGCCAGCCCGAGGGGUGCGUGUCUGUGGGGCCGCGGAGAACCAACCGCAGGGAGGCCACGUCCUUCACCUUCACCCUCACCGAAAAGGAUUCGGGAAAAUGUCGGUACGGGAUCUGCGUCAACUUCUACCGCCCCGUAGAACGGUUGGCCGUGGGCGGCGCGGGCGGUGGCGCCGGCCGGCGACACUCGUCUACCUUCCGGCGAGAGUCCUGGAGGAAGAGCAUGGAGAAGAGCUCGGACUCGGCCUUCUCCAGGUGAGCAGAGGCCCUCUCCGUAGGCCAUCCCGUUCAGUUUCUUCCCAAUUCUCGUGGGGAGGCCCCAGUAGCUCGUCUGCGGGGCCAGUUGGAUUUCCUGUUACACGAUAAUCGUAUCGGGCGAUAGCCAAAGACUUCCUUGUAGAAAGCU